UACAUUGAGGAGAUGAUGAUGGAUGGAUGUGAGUGGAAGUGGGACAGAAGAAGCGAUUAGGAAACAGAUAGGGUGGGUAAUGAGAGUCAAAUAGAGAGAAGAGACAGAAAAUGUCAGGGUCAAUUACAUAGAUAGACAAUCUGAGUCCACGCAGAUCACCAUGGUUUCCAGUAAGAUCCCACAAGUGCUUUUAAAAGAAACGUACACCGUUUAGCUAAUAUGUACAGUUAGACAGAGUUAAGGUUGGCUAAUGUUUACAGCUUUAAUUGCCACUUCAUUUACAACUGUUUAAUACCACUACACAUUUACAAGCUCAGGCUGCACAUUUGGACCUUCUCCAUCUCCUUCUCUUAUAGUCAGAGGACAAAAUGACAAGCCAGGUUACUCAGGCCAAAUACUGCUUCCUUGGCAAGUGGUGUUCGGUCUAAAUGUCACUGCACUGCUGCCAUGUGCCAGGCUGGAUCAUCGCCACCCCAGCAAUAUCAUCAUCACAAACAGCAGUGACCUUUACGGGAUCAGGAUCAGCUCUGUGUUCCUGUGUGUGUGUGUGAGAGACCCUGAAAGAAAACCUUGCUUAGAGUUCCAGGUAAACUAGCCUGAAUGGAGAAUGCUGUCAAGCAUGGACGUCUAAUUCAUACUGUAACUUAAAAGAGCUUAUUGCUGAAGGACUUCUGGGAGCUCAGACUUGGACAAUAUAAAAAUGGCUGAAGGCUAAUCUUCUACCUUGUGAUGGAAUAGGUGAUGUCUGAAGUACAGGGCACUGUGGAGUUUUCUGUGGAGCUGCACAAAUUUCACAAUGUGGAUCUCUUUCAGAGAGGGUUCUAUCAGGUGAGGGCGGGGCUAAGAGUGUCGCCACAUAUUCCACACAGGUUUAUAACCACAACACCUGGACACACAGGCGAGUGUAGUUUCACAAAGGCUGGAGUGCACGAUGGGGUUGUGUUCGGUCGGAUAUUUCAGAUCCUCUACAGGAACGAGGAGGUUUCGUUGGAGGACCGUGUCAUCUUUCGAGUCCACCUGCUACUGGAUGGAGAGAGGGUGGAGGAAGCACUGAAUGAAGUGGACUUCCAGCUGAGACUUGACCUGCACUUCACUGAUGUGGAGCAACAGUUGGCUGAUAUCUCUUCAGUGCCUGUGAUCAGCAGUAGGACUCUGGGUCUCCAUUUCCACCCACGCAGCGGCCUGCACCACCACCUGCCCGUCAUGUUUGACUACUUCCACCUGUCCGUCAUCUCCAUCACCGUCCACGCCUCUUUAGUGGCUCUACACCAACCACUAAUCAGUUUUGCACGUAGCAGUAAAGGGGCGUGGCUGGGAAAGGGCUCUCCAGAGAGUGAGGCUCCACCUCCUGUGAUGUCAGUGGAGAACCUGAUGUUCGGGGCGGGAUACUGUAGACCCAUACUCACUGAGGGCAGUUUUUACGUGGCAUCAGAGAACUGCCUGCAGCGAGCUCAUACGUGGCACAGGACUCUCUGUCGCCUCCUGCUGGCUGCUUAUAAAGGCCUAAGCUUCUACUAUACAGUGCUGAUGAAGGACAAUCCUCAGAUGCAGCGCUGUGAGAUAGAGGAGCUGCUGGUUGAGGAAACACUGAACAAACUCACCAUCGAGUUACAGUUACAGAGUGGUCAUGAGAAGGUAGCCGAGCAGAUCUCUCGUGAUCUGUCUCAGCUGUGUGCCAGGCUUGCAUCUCUUUGGGCUCAGUUUGUGGAGGCAGCUGUUCCAAAUCCCCAUGUCCGCAGCUACCUCGCCCAGGAGCACCAUAAGCUCAGGGUCAGGAGAUUCUCUGAGGGCUACUUCUUCACUGAACAUCCCAAAGAGUCUUCACUCACCUUUCAGGAGGAGCUCAUCAGUAGGCAUGCUCAGAUGGCCGUGGACUUGAGGAGUUCGGAGUAUCUCAGUCUUAUGCCCCCUCUGCCAAUCGAGUGCCUCGACAUUGAUGGUGACUGGAACAGCUUGCCGAUCAUCUUUGAGGACAGAUACGUGGAUGCACCCUGUUUUGAUUAUAAACCACAUGUGCCAAACCAGAUAGGCUCAAACACUCAGAAAUCUACUGAUUCUGAUGAUACCGGGACGCAUUCCAUGUCCCCCAGGAGACCUCAAUCACCAGCAGUAAGCACUAAGGAUCCUGCCUCUGAAGACUUCAUGGACCUACCCACCUACGUGGCUCUAAUUGGAAGGGAGAAGGAUUUUGUCAUUGAUAGAGAGGGGAAUAUGGUUGAAUUGGAAAGUCCAGUUGGCUCUUUAGAUGGGAACACAUGUAUAGACACAACUGAAACUGAGUUCGGAUCCAAAGUUGAAUCAAGUGCUGACAGUCAUCAGGAGAGCGAGAUAAGAGAAUUGGACAGAACUAAUGACAUAGAAGAAGAGCUGUCUCAACAGUGUACUGACAGAACUGGUUUGAAAUACAUAAAGGUCAGACCCAAUGAUUCUGACCCAUACAAGGGCGAUGCAGUGCUGCUCAUUCAAUCAGGAAACAUAAAAUUUACUGAUCUCACUGUCCCAGAUAUUUCAAAGUUUUCUUCUGCAAAUCACCAAAACAGUGAUUCAGAGAUUCAAACCGUCUCUGAGAAAAUUAGCAUCAAGGAAGAAGAGACAGUUUUGAGAGACACUUGCACAGAAUCACCAGCGUUGACCCAAGCUGAUGGUAGUGUUGAUACAUUGUUGACUAAUUCUUCUAUAACAGAUCGACCAAUGACACCUCCACACAACACCAACAUUCUGCCGCUGGACCAUCCCUUGUCUGAGACACCUUCAAGAGCUGGGUUUCUGGGCAAAUUGAAGAUAAUGAAGCGUUCAUCCUCUGUGAUCUCUGACUCUGGUUUUGAAAGUGAACCCAGCUCCGUGGCCUGGCCCUUGGACAUCCGAACUGGGGUUGCUGGAAGUCGUGACCCCUUGCACCUUUGUCGUCGGCGGGUGCAUCGGAACUCCCUGGAAGGCCUUCAGACUGAGAGCCAUGGUAGUCUGCCCAGUGCUACACAAGCCUCGCUAAGUUCCAUUAGCUCCCUGCCUUAUGAAGAUGAGGAUGAGGAACGACAAAGGCAACUCAACACACUCACCAAAUCUGCUUCUGCUCCACAGAUCAGCAGCCCUGACAACAAUAAUGAAAAUGUUAUCCAAGACCCAACCAUUCAAGGGAAAGUUGUCCUGGAAGCUUCCAGUCAGAUGAGAAAGAAAGUAGAAUGUGGCAAUGUAGCUGACAGACAGGAAGUAUCUAAUCAGGAGAUGUUUGAGGAGAUACUCUGCAAAAAGGGGGAGACUGAAGAUAUUGAAACUGAUACUGGGUUGAUAAGUAACAUCUCAGAAGUAUUACUUUUUCACAAGUUUGCAAAAGAAACACCUGAUGAAGCAAGUGAUCUUGAGGAUGUAAAAGAUUGUAGUGGUGUGUUGCAUGAUGGAGAUUCAAGUCUGCUUAAUGAAAACACUGGACUUUGUGACAAUGAAUGUUGCGAACACAAGAUGUCAAACACGGAUACUGGUAAUGAUCCUGAUAGUCACAAUUGUGAUGCCAUUAGUUUCCAAGACAUUCAUCUUAGUGAGCUUGAGGAUGGUGAGCUUGGGAAUAUCACAGACACACCAAACCAUGAAAACCAGAUCAGCUUUAAUGUUGACAGCCAAGCUAGCAGUAAACCCAGUGACCUCAAAGAGCUUCCAACUAAUGGAAGAGAGCAAAAGGGGAAGGAGGGGCAUGCAAGGACCAAUCAGGUGCCAAGUUCAGGCUUGGCAUUUAUGAAUAAGAAAGUGGUGGAGGUGGUGAAUUUGUCUGUUUCGUGCGCACCAACCUGCCUUCCCUUUUCUUCUGUACUUCGUGACUCACCAUCUGUCAGUGGCCUCUCCAUCAGACAGGCCAACUCCCCCAUUACCCAUCAGCCACUGGGCUCUUUCGGAAUCAUCUCAUCCUCUUCCUCCUCCCUGUGUACUGAACAGGAAAUCAGUGAGAGAAUGAUAAAUUUUUAUAAAGCUAAGGAGGCUUUUCUGGGGAAGUUAGCAUUCCGAGCAACUCUUUACAGUGAUGUUCCUCUCCUCGCAUCUGAUCACCCAUACUUCCCUCCUGAAGAGGAAGAAGAGGAGUUUGAGGAUGGAAUCCACCUGGUAGUGUGUGUCCAUGGUUUGGAUGGUAACAGUGCAGACCUGCGUUUAGUGAAGACCUUCAUAGAACUUGGUCUGCCAGGCUCAAGGCUCGACUUCCUCAUGUCUGAACGCAACCAGACUGACACGUUUGCAGAUUUUGACACUAUGACGGAUCGGCUGCUGGACGAGAUCAUUCAGCAUAUUCAGCUCUACAACCUCACCGUGGGAAGAAUCAGUUUCAUCGGUCACUCUCUGGGUAAUGUCAUCAUUCGCUCAGUGCUGACGAGGCCUCGAUUCCGCUGCUACCUCAGCAAACUGCACACCUUCCUGUCUCUGUCCGGUCCUCACCUCGGCACACUGUUCAACAACAGCACGCUGGUUAGCACAGGUUUGUGGCUGAUGCAGAAGCUGAAGAAGUCUGGAUCCCUGCUUCAGCUCACCUUCAGAGACCAUCCAGACCCCCGGCAGACCUUCCUGUACACACUCAGCCAGAAACCUGGGCUGCAGUUCUUUAAGAAUGUGGUGUUGGUAGCAUCCCCUCAGGAUCGGUACGUCCCCUUUCACUCAGCUCGCAUAGAGAUGUGCAGAAGUGCUCUGAAGGACAGGACCACAGGUCCCGUGUACACGGAGAUGAUAAACAACCUCCUACGUCCGCUGAUGGACGCUCCGCAGUGUCGCGUGAUCCGUCACAACGUGUUCCAUGCCUUACCCAACACGGCUAACACGCUAAUCGGCCGAGCUGCUCACAUCGCUGUGCUCGACUCCGAGCUCUUUCUUGAGAAGUUUCUGCUCGUCGCCGGCCUUGAGUACUUCAAGUAGCCAAUUAGACCGCAGGUUUCAGGGCUAUGCUACAUUGACUGGCCAGUCAGGAAGUUCCCAGAGCCCUUUGCUAUGUCAACCAGCCAAUCAGAAAGGUCCAUGGCUGCAGCAGUUUCACAGACUUUUAUAACAAGGAGAAACAUCCAUCAGGUUACAUCAAGGCUCGUCUUCUUUAAAUAGCCAAUCAGAUUGCACCUUGAUCUGGGCCAAAUCAAGCCACAUUAGAUUAAGUUUAACAUUUACUUCCCAAUGGCCACUUUAAUAAAGAAUAGAUCAAACACAGUAAGUGACAAAUGACCAAUCAGAUUUGGCUGGAAGCAGGGGUUAUGCUAAUUGCAUAAAUCAUAAUGGCUAAUCAGAACAGAGCCCUUGACCACAUCCAUUGACCAAUCAGAAUAUCCCCAGGUUAUGGGACGUCGUAAAUCGCACCACAGAAGCCAUCUACCAUCAGAUGGUCACUCAGAUUGAACCCAACAGGUGGCAGCCAACCAAUCAGAGAGAAAAUAUGCAUUUCCUAAUUGGCCGACCAAUUACGUCAUAUCUCAUAUCUCAUUGGCCAAUAAAUAUGUUAGCUUUACCACAACGGGUAGCAUCCAACCAAUCAGAGUUGACUGUUUGAGCUAAUCUGAUAAACAGGUUUCAUCAGAGCUCAUCUGCUUUAAAUGGCCAAUUAGAUUGUAGCUUAGAGCCCUUUCUAAAAUAGCCAAUCAUACAAGACCUUACAUUUGUCAGAUGAUUGAUCAGACUGUACCGUAGAGAUAAAGAGCCAAUAAUAUUUAGACUAUUUAAAAUGACUUAAAAGCAGCCAGUAAGGAUGAGUAGGGUGGAAAGAUUCACAUGUUAUACAUAUAUAAACAAUGUAUGCAUAUAUGUAUAUAUGAAUGUACAGUAAUUAUAGAGUGAGAAGUAUAUAGAGAUAUAAAGAUAAUAUAUUGGCAUCCCGAGUGAGUUUCAAAGGGACGUUGUGAUAAAAUACUAAACAGUGUCAUUUAUGUUCCAUUUGAAUGUACGUGCUACUGACCGACAUGUCCAAAUCAUCUAAAUGUAUUUAUCAUAAAAUAACGGAGGUAUUUUCUCAUCACUGUCCAUAAAAAAAGUAAAAGCCACUUGUCUGUCACUACUUACUGAAUGAAGAAGUGUGUAAUUUCUGUAAGUAGGACAUGUUUCUGAAUCAGUUUUUCUUUUAACCAAUCAGUGCCGUCUGAUGUCAUCAGUGUGCCUGAGCCACUGGAGGAAAAUUCCCUUCAGAACGCAACAUUCGGUUGUUAAGAUAGGAAAGCUACUGUGCAUCCUGUAUUGUGUAGUUUAUUUGUUGGAAAUAUUGAAUAUUUUCUACAUUUCUUUGCUAACAUGAUCCCAGGAAAAACUUGAACAAGCUAAUGCACUGUAGAUGGAUUUUGCUUUAUUCUAUUGUUCUAUCAUACAAAUUAAGUCAUUUGAAAAGCUAUGAAAGUUAACCCCACUUACGACCCCUAACCUUGAAACUUAAUUUAAUUCAUGUCAUGCAAAUUGUAAAACAUUUGCAAAUGUGAUUUAUCAACAGUCAACCUACGAGUUUAAACCCAAACAAACCCAACAAAUAGAUGCUGCAGUAAUUUGUCCUAAAGCCUGGAAAUGAGUUAGCAUUUUUUGCAUUUCCGGUUUUUAGUUAAAUGACUGAAAUAAGGUCUGUGGUUAACACAAGCUCAAGAUAAUUUCACGUUUUAUUCUAUGACAUAAAAUACCCCACUCGUGAUUUUUUUUAAGCUUUUACGUGUCUUGAAAAGGCAGUUGCUAACAAGUGGCUAAAUGGGACUACAGAGGUUGUCUGGGACAUUAAAUGUCAUCACACCGAACAGGAAAACUCACACACUACAGCCUCGUUGUGUUUAUACUCGUGCUCUUGCAAACUAUUCCAAUUCAUAGUAUUUUCCAAUUGUAAUGUUUAUAUUAUAUUACAUACAUUACACAAUGAGAUGGAUUUUAAAGGUUUACAGUUCCUGCAGACACAUUUAUCAGAAAAUACUUAUUCUUUAAACUUUUAAAUUAUCAAAACUGCAGAAGCCAAAUAAAACGUCUUCAUACCACAAAUUAAAACUAUCCAAAAGAGAUGCACGUAUAAACAAACUUUUCUCCAAAUUUUCUCAGAAUUUUCUCCAAAAUAAUGCAUUCCCAAAAAAAGCUGGGGGGCAGAUUCAUCCACAAAAUGUUUUUAAAUAGAGAUUGAAAGAGUUAUCAGAAGCUUAGUGGUGGUGACGUUGAAGUUAUGCAACCGUGGUGUAGUUCAUUUAUAGCCUAACUUUAGCUUUUUACUUCUGUAUUUAGGCUUCAAAAUUCUUCUACAAAAUUCUUUUGUGAAGAUUAUCUUGAUGAUCAAAACGUACAAGAAUCAUAAACUUUUGUUGGUCACAGAGUUUAUUAUCUCAAUAAUCCAAAAGCCAGUGGAAAAAUCCCAUUGGCUUUUUGUUGAGGGAAACAGAGUGAUGCUAACUUCCAGGUCGGCCUACAAAAAUACGUUAUCCCUGCAGUGCUCUAUACAUUUUCUCUCGAUUUUUCAGUCAGCUAGGACUAAUUAACAGCUAAUUAACCAGCUGCAAACUAAUCAUGCAUGUUGUGUAGCGCACCAGGUAUUAGCAUUGGAUGACUAGCAUUUAGUUACAGAACCUAGUGCUCCAAAUGUUGGCUAAUGUUCCUUGUCUAGCUUCCCAUUCUGCAUGCCAUGACACAUUUAUUUAUUGCAACCCAGCGUAUUGUCUGUAUUUUAUAGGCAAUAAGUCAUUGUCACGUUCAUGGCCUAACUAACCAGCUACAUACUGUUCAACUAGCAAAACUGCUGCUAAUUGAGGUAUAUUCAUAUGAAAGUUUUGAAGGUUAAGGUCAUGAUCAUUUUAGCAUUUGUGAACUACAGAAAAUCUACACAAUACACAAGGUACACAGUAGCUUUCCUGAUGUGUCUGAAGGGAAUAUUUCUGAAAGGAUUAAGAGGAUUAAAAGUUGAGUCGACUCUUUUGUCUCUGAAAUGGCUCAUUGUCAUUUUGUUCUAAACCAGACAAGGUUUGUGAUAUUUUGACUAGCGAAAACAACAUAAGGUCCUCAUAAGUCACAUGUUUUGGUGCUAUAUCUAAACGUAAUGGCUGCAAACUCAUGACACUGAUGCACUGUUGGAACAGACAGAGCAACAAAAGUUUAAAUUAGCAAAAAGAACAUUAAACUGUGCCACUGGCCAAGAUAAAGCUAAAGAUGAAUGAAUUUAUGCUAAGAACCAGCUCAGAUGUUCAAAAGAGGUUUCUAGGGAAGCAUUUUGAUCACAAAUGUACACUAAUGACAUCAGACGGUGACCUGUAAAUCCAGGAACAUGUCUCCCCUUCAGGAAACCCCAUUAAGCAUCAGGGUCCUUAUCCAUCUUUAAGUGUGCUUAUACAUUUAUUCAGUAGGUUAUGUGUUACAAAGAAGCAAAUAUUUUCAUAUUAUUUUUUUUUUAAAUGUGGCAUCUCAUCAUAAAGCAGGUCAAAAGAUCAGUGCUACUUGUGCAGUAUAUCAUGUGUACUCAGUAAACGUCCACGUAUGUGUCAAGUUCUCAGAAAUUAGAGUAAAGUGUUAACAGUAUGCCUUAAUCUUUAAAAAAAAAGGCUCACAUUUAUCAUUAUUUUGUCCAGUGUUAUGGUCUCCAUUUUGAUUUUAAUAUUGAUUUUAUAUCAUUUACGGCUACCAUCACACGCGAUUAACUUCCCCGUCAUAUACUGUGUGUAUUUAUAUAUUUCAUUUGUCAUUGUUUUGUCUAGAUAUCUAUCAUCAAUCAACCACAACACCCUAAUGAGUACUAAAGUUCAUUUCAAAUCACAGAUGUUUACAUUGAACAAUAAUGGGUGCCAAUCACACAACACUUCUCUCAGCAACUUUAGCAGAUUUCUUGCAAAUAAAGCCACAAGAGGAGCUCAUUUAUUACUUUUCAUAUGAGUUUGCUUUGCUACAUUGCUAGACUGAGUUGAAGCAUUGAUAUAGAAUUUAAAAAAAGGAAAACUUUCUUUUCUUUAGUAUCAACAGUUUUGGCUGUAUUCAGAGUCGAUGACAUAAGUCCAGAGGUUAUUCAGUAUUUAUACUGGGAAAGUUCAGGGUAUUCAGAGUCGGGUUACGCACGACCAUAAGCCACCUGCACCAUUCAGAUUAUGCAAAUUCCCUGUGUGUAGUUCAUUCAUGCAUUGAAAUAAAUCUAAUAGGACUCUCAUACAUUGCCAAUAUACUGUAUUGCUGCAUGAAUAGUCCUAGAUGGAAUUAUCACAUUAAUCACAGCAAAGUUGGUUUAAUUGAACACUAUGGCUUCCACACUCAUUAUUCAGCAGCUUAUAAAAUAUACCAUGUUCCGACAGUUAAUUGUGCGCACGACUUAAUGAAACCAUAAUACAGUAUACUAAAUGGAGGUCAUGAAAUCAUAAUGUGUGCGUGGAAUGUAAUCGAUUAUGUCAGACAUUUAUUCACUAUUUGAGCUGUUGAGUUGUGAAAGUUUUUUGUUAAUUUGAAGUGCCCUCAUGUAACUCAACUCUGCAUACGGCCCUUUGUUUUGAGUGCAUUUGUUGGCUGUUUGUGAUGUACAUUUGAUGCCCAGGUUAACAAUUUCUGUUAGCACAGCUUGAGACCAAGCAUUUGUAUUAGCAUUAUCAGAUUUCACACCUGAUCAUGCUAGCUACUGUACCCAUCCAUGUAGCACUGGAUGAGUAGUCUAUCUAUAACACUGGCUAAUGCUAGUCUAGCACUUUUGUCUGGGUGUUAAGUUAUGGUAAUUUAAGUUUUCAUUUCUAUUUAUACUCAUCCUAAUUGAGUCACUGGUAUCAUGCUACUUGCCUCCAAUUGCUAACUCGGACUAAUCACAAACUGCUAACAAAGCAAAUCUCAUGGUGCUUUGAUGCUAUCUUGACUUGAUGUUUCUUUCUUGAUGGUCUAUAUCAAGUGUGUUGCCCAAACUGAUCAUGCUUAUACCAUUGCCUGUGGCACAGCAGGUAUUAGCAUUGGAAGUCUAGCCUCUAGAUACAAAACAUUGUGCUCCAAAUGUUGGCUAGCAUUCCAAUCUACAUUCCAUACCACAUUCCAUAUCUGUAUUUUCCAGACAAUACGUCUUCACUGGCUAAUGUCUUGUUGUAGGCUAGUCAUUUGUUACACUGAGUUUUCAUUUAUAUUUCUACUCAUACUAAUUCUGCCUCUGGAAUAUUAUGGAUGGCAAUGGUACUACUUGCCCCAAAUUACAACCAGCUAACAAAAUUAUUCACGGUGAUUUGAUGCUAUCUUGACUUGAUGCUUCAUUCUUUAAUGGUCUAUAUUAAGUGUGUGUGGGAAAACGCAUUGUUGUAAACAUGGUCGUAUUACGCGUUUAAGGAUAUGUGCUUCAUAAUGCUGAGAUUUGUUGCCUCUCGUCAGGUUUUCUCCCUUAAAUGAUAAAAUUUAGGAGAAUUAGCAAUGACUAAAGGCAGUUUUCAGUAUCUAACUGUACAUACUAAACUACUCACACUUGCUACGAUUCCCUGUAGGAUUAACAUUCGAUGAAUAGCAUCUAGAAACAGAACCUAGUGAUCCAGAUGUUGGCUAAUGCUACAUGAGACCCAGUGUUUUGUAUAGCAUCCAUGUUUUUUCCAGACAUUACUUUAUCUCUGUGUUCAUGCCCAUGCCUCGUCCGUGUGUUUAUUUACUUAUUUAUUUUAUAUCAGAACAUAUAUAACUCACAUAGGCUUUGUUUAUGUUUCACUUCCCCUGACUGAAUGAUAUGACAUUCGCUGUCAUUUUAUUUAGCUACUUUUCAUCCCAUCCCCACGCUUCUCUCUUCUCCCGUCCUCUACACGUCGUCCUUGUCCACGGUGUCAUUCUGUCCUGACGCGUCCUGCUGAGCCUCUUUGUGUUUGUGUUUGUAUGAGCUGACACUAAUUGUUUGGUAAACACACCGCCAGUGUGAUUGACGAUAAUUGAAUUCCUCUUUAGAAUAUUCGAGGCUGACAGAGGUCACAUGGGAGGUCACAUGACUUUGCUGAGAGAGGAGAUAGUGCUGUGUUUGACCUAAACUCGUAAAAAUGAAUUUCCAUGUAAUGUCAUAUCAACAUGGCCACUCAUCAGCCAUCUUGGUAUGACAUCACAUGUCCAUAUUUUUUCCAUAUUUUUCAUGAAAGUGGUGUAUAAGAGAAAACAAUAAGAGUUAUGUUUUAAUUCCCAGAAUACAUUACGGUACUUAGUACCUCAGUGUGUGUGUGUGUGUGUGUGUGUGUGACUGUCUGUCUGUCUGUUUUUCUGUCUGUCUGUGAGAGACUGAGAGAAAUUAAGACAGCUGAAAGAAAGACAGAAAGAGAGAGAGAGAGAGAGACAGAGAGAGAGUGAAAGAUGUUGAGAGAAAUACAAAAGGACAAGCAGAGAGAGAAACAUAAGACAAACAUAUACAUCAUAAUGUGAUCAUUAUACAUGUGUGUGUGUGUGUGUGUGUGUUUGUGUGUCUUUGUGUGUUUGUAUCCUCCACAGGCAGCUAUGUUUCAUGAUACCAUGGCACUGUUGUUAAUCUUUUAGCAGACAUCUUAUGUGUGUGUGUGUGUGUGUGUGUGUUCAUACUCACUGUGAGAAUGGGUUUCUCUGAUCUACUGAGCUGUGAUCAUUUACAUCAUCCAUGUGUGCCAAUCACAGUGCAGUAUUUUCCCAGUAGCUUUUACCCAAAUGUAUAAAUAUAAAUACUACAUAUAUGUAUAUUCAGUAUAUGUAUUACAUUAUAUACAAUUGAACAAUAUGAAAUAAAUCGUAUUCUUAUUUUAAA